AUGAAAUUAUCAAUCGCUGUAUUGGCAUCAGUUUUAGUCGCUUGCUCGGUUACUACAGCCAAUCCAAUUCUUCCCAGUUCGACUACAAAUGCUGAGUAUAGCACUUCAACCGGCAUUCCCAGUUCGACUACAAAUGCUGAAUAUAGCACCUCAACGGACAUUCCCAGUUCGACUGCGAGUACUGAAUUUAGCCCUUCGCCAACCCCUAAUGAAAGCGGCAUAGGGUUACAUGGUCUUGUUUUACUUUCAGUUAAAGUCAAGGACAUGCUCGAUGAAUACUUGAAAAAGCAAAAUAACUAUUCUAAGCAAAAAGAAUCAUGUGACUUGAUAGGAUCUCGAUUUCUUGAACAACAGAAAUUGGUAAAGAAUCUGGAGAAAAAGGUUCGAAAUUUUAAAUUAAGACUUGAAAGUAGUGAUGGCAGUCCAAGACAUGGUCGUAAUAGUAAAAUGGAGGGGCGUGAGGUUAAUCUUGAAAGCCAAUAUUCCAAAUACUUGAAGCUUGAAAGACAAAAGGAAAAAUGCGAUCUUGAGAGUGGUCGUCUUAAGGAUGAACUGGAGUUAAUAAAAAUAUUAUUCGUGGAGCUCGUUUUCGGAAGACCUUACGAUCUCGAUUCGUUUGAGGAUCAAUUUUUGCUUAUCCUUUCACAUCCUACCGUUGAUUAUUACCUCGAGAAUUCAUGUGAUAAAGAACGACCAUCAUCGGAAAUGCCGUCUAAAUCUGGUUCCAAUAAGUGGAAGAGCUCCAAACUUGUGGAUAGAUUUAAAUCAUUUUUCGGAUGA